AUGAAGUUCACGGAAGGAAUGUGGUGGAACAGGCCCGGGGUGACGAUCGAGUGGAUGUCCAAUGUGGAAAGACUACAAGUCAACGACGACAAGGUCGAUCUCCUGCUUACAGUUGCCCAGAGAACCCGUGGCGACACGUUGAAUACCGGCACUCUCACUGCAUCUAUCCGGUCUCCGCUCGAGGGGAUUACAGCCGUAAACUUCAGUCGUUGGGUUGGCGAGGAGGACCUCGGGCCGCAUUUCCCUCUGUUCGAAUCGAAGCCGAGCUCGAAAGUCAACCAUACAGAAGGCAAAUCUCUGGUUUAUUCGACAGGACCCCUUGACACAUCCGUCAAUACUGCUGCCAAUAAUCUCGCAAUUGAAUAUUUUCAAGGCCCCAAAAAGCUCACAGGACAGUCCUUUCGGUCCAUUGGUACAGUGUUCAGCAAAAACACUGCGCAAUACGAUGCACCUGAGGGUUUGUAUGCUGAGACGGAGAACUACAUCCUCCUCGAACUCGACAUAGCCGUGGGUGAGAAGAUUUACGGAUUAGGCGAAAGGUUUGGCCCUUUUGUAAAGAACGGCCAGACAGUCGAUAUCUGGAACGAGGACGGCGGCACCUCCAGCGAACUCGCCUACAAGAACAUCCCCUUUUAUAUCUCCAGCCGAGGCUAUGGUGUUUUCAUCAACAAUCCUGGGAAAGUAAUGCUCGAGAUCCAGUCUGAACGAACCACCCGUGUCAAUAUCGCUCUUCAAGGAGAAAGUCUAGAGUACAUGAUCAUUGCGGGUCCCAGUCCCAAAGAAAUACUCAACCGCUACACCGCACUCACAGGACGUCCAGGGCUGCCUCCAGCUUGGUCCUAUGGGCUUUGGCUCACCACAUCUUUCACAACAAACUAUUCCGAGGAAACAGUGACAGGUUUCUUGGAUGGCUUCAAGCAACGCUCCAUUCCGCUUAACGUCUUCCAUUUCGACUGCUUUUGGAUGAAAUCUUUCCAGUGGUGCGAUUUCGAAUUUGACAGUGACAAAUUCCCGGACGCAAAGGGCUACCUCACUCGGCUCAAGGAUCGGGGCUUCAAGCUCUGCGUCUGGAUCAACCCUUAUAUCGGCCAAGCAUCGCCGUUGUUCACCGAGGGCAAGAAGAAUGGAUACUUCAUCAUGCGCGCUGAUACCCCACGCCCGACCGUCUGGCAAUGGAAUAUGUGGCAAGCGGGAAUGGCAGUGGUAGAUUUCACGAACCCGGCGGCCGUAGAGUGGUACUCUUCGCACCUGAGACGGCUGAUGGACAUGGGCAUCGAUAGCUUUAAGACCGACUUCGGUGAACGCAUCCCUUUCAAUCCCAGGAAAGUCAAAUACCAUGACGGCAGUGAUUCUGUCCGCAUGCACAAUUUCUACACACAUCUCUACAACAAGACCGUCUAUGAGACAAUGUCAUCACAUGGGAAGGACGCCUGUCUCUUCGCCAGGUCUGCCACUGCCGGAGGCCAGCAAUUCCCAGUGCACUGGGGUGGAGACUGUGAGAGCACGUUCGAGGCCAUGGCCGAAACACUGCGCGGUGGGCUCAGCCUCGGUCUCUCCGGUUUUGCCUUCUGGGCCCAUGAUAUCGGCGGUUUUGAAGGCCUGCCAGAUCCGGCACUGUACAAACGGUGGGUUCAGUUUGGGCUGUUGGGGUCCCACUCGCGGUUGCACGGCAGCGCAAGUUAUCGCGUGCCCUGGAUCUACGACGAAGACCACUUCCCCGGUGAGGACCAGGCUUGUAGUAAGGUCCUCAGAGAAAGCGUGGAGAGAAAGCUCACCUUGUUGCCUUAUCUCCUGCGUGCCGCAUUAGAUGGCCAUCAGUCCGGCACGCCGAUCCUGCGAGCGAUGCUGGUAGAGUUCGGCGAUACUGAUCCAAACGUAUGGAGCAUCGACACACAGUACAUGUUUGGUGACAGUCUCAUGGUCGCACCCGUCUUCAACAAGGAGGGAGAAGUUAGCUUCUACGUUCCCCACUCGAAUGCCUCGUCCCCUGCCAAGUGGAGAAGCUACUUCGACCGGAGCAAGACAUACGAGGAGGGACGAUGGUACACUGAGACCCACGGGUUUGACACUCUGCCAUUAUUAGUGCGACCUGGAGCUGUUAUUUCUGUCAAUCCGUCAUUGAGAGCUCCCGAUGAAGAUCUCUUGGAUGGAUUGAAAGUCUGGGUCAAUGGGCCAAUGCAAGCAGACAAGGUGGUAGAGAUCGUCGAGCCAGGUGAUGUGAAGAGCGUGAGCAAGAGAUUUACCGUCAAGAAAGACUUGACCGUGACUGGCGUCAGUAGCGUUGAGGUGGUCGAUCUGUCUUCCAGUUGA